AUGCCGCACUUGAGAAAGGAGACAUAUGGACUUCAGAGCACGUCUUUGACCACCCAUGGUGUGGUUGGAGUUGAUGUAUUGGACAGACAUAUAGAUCCCUCUGGAAAGUUGCACAGCCACAGACUUCUCAGCACAGAGUGGGGACUGCCUUCCAUUGUGAAAUCUAUUAUUGGUGCAGCAAGAACCAAAACAUAUGUUCAGGAACAUUCGGUAGUUGAUCCUGUAGAGAGAACAAUGGAACUUAAAUCUACUAAUAUUUCAUUUACAAAUAUGGUUUCAGUAGAUGAGAGACUUAUAUACAAACCACAUUCUCAAGACCCGGAAAAAACUGUUUUGACUCAAGAAGCCAUAAUCACUGUGAAAGGAGUCAGCCUCAGCAGUUACCUGGAAGGGCUGAUGGCAAGUACAAUUUCUUCAAAUGCUAAUAAAGGCCGAGAAGCAAUGGAAUGGGUAAUACAUAAAUUAAAUGCCGAGAUUGAAGAAUUGACGGCUUCAGCAAGAGGAAGCAUAAGGACACCGAUGGCGGCAGCAGCAUUUGUAGAGAAAUGACAGUGAAAAUCGGUGUAUAACAUCAGAUCCCCUGGGUCUUUCCAAGCUGGCUAUAUUUAUUUGUUAUUUAAAAAAAAAAAAACAACUAUAUUUUAGGUGGACUUUUUUGUAAUAAGCUGGAGAACAAGUAUGUGGUUUUUGUUGAAAACAAAGAGAUGCAGGGCUUCUAAGUAAGAGACCAGAAGAAAUUUGUGUUAUUUGAAAUGACCAUCCAAUUGUAAGGAUUCCAGUAUUUAUGUUAAAAUUUUACAAUUUUUGAAAAAGUACUUCGAAAUUGGUAUUGGCAUAGUGAUGAAUCUCCUUAAGGUAGAAUUUUGAAGCUUUUCAUGCAUUGGAACUCUACCUGGCUUUGGACCAACCCCAGAGCAAAGCAGAGCCACCUUUUCAUAUACAACCGUGAUUGCCUUACUGCAUUAAACUUCAACAGUUGUUUAACUGUUGAGAACUCACUUUAAAAGGAGAAAUUGUAACUUCCAAAAGCAUGUUAAUUUGUUAAAAAAAAAAAAAAAAAAAAAAACUUGCUCUGCUCUAAACCACCAUUAAAAACCACAGUAUUUUGAUUUGGUACGUAAGUGAUAUUUUUGGAAUGAAAAUUAUCACUAAAGUAAUAUAUGACUCCAGCAAAAAUACGAUUUUAUUGUAUUAAAAGAGUACUGUAUUGAUUUGCCAAAUUUUUGUAACUUAGUAAAGAUAUUACCUUCCUUGGA